UUUGGCGUGUGAUGCACUUCAAAGUUUCGUGCUCAUUAUGAUGACAUUUAAUUAAUCCCAAAUUGAACACAUUCUAGUAUCAGAUGAGUCAGCUGACAGAUGGUCACGCCCUCCUUUUGUUACUUGCUUAUUGAUUGCUAACAGCAAGUGUGCUGUUCUUUUAUUAGUACUGUAAUAAAAAAGCAUGACUAGUCAAUAAAAAAUAGUUGACGUAAAGCAUGUUUCCUUGGGUGUCACCUGCCUCAUCUUCCUGUAAUUGGUGGACGUAAAAGAUCUAUUAUCUCCUCCACAGCAUGCACAGAUGAAACAAGACUUUAACCAAAAUUGACUGACAACAUCGGGUGUCCGAAAGAACCAAUUUUUUCUCAGAAGACGCGGAGAGAUUUUUGCAUGUGACAGAUAUUAAUGGAGCUUGGACUUCUGAAGGUGCUUUCUUCGAAAUUCUAAGGAAAUUCUUAGCUAUUACACUGAGAUAAGGACACACUGAUGCUAAUUUGAACCUCAUAUUAAGUCAACCCUAUGGUCCAGAGGGCCCCACCCUCAACAUCUCGGUUGAAGUUUGAGGAACCUUCAUUUCAAGAAAGGAGCAGUUGAAAGGAAUCAAUCCAUCAAGAGCUCUCUUCGAAGGAUGACAUGGUGAUUGCUUCUCCAACAAUGGACGGCACAUCUCCCGCUACUUUCGCCCAGCACCUCCCGACGCCUUCACCGUUCUCGUUCGAGGUCGCCUCUAACCGGUGGAGUGCGGCGCCGUCGAUCCAACUCUCUAGUCUCUUCCUCCGGUUCAUGGCGCUAAUUCUGUCCUUCAUCUCAGCUCUCGCGCUGACAACCCCGCCAAAGAAGAGAGGUCAAUCUGCAUCCAGCUUCAGUCAGCACCCUGAAUUGAUGUAUUGCUUCAUUGUAACCGUUGUGGCUUUCGUCUACUCAGCUUUUCAGCUUUUCAAAGGUGUCUGUGAUAUUUCCUAUAGAGGGAUUCUAAUCUCAGACAGGUUCUCGGACUACCUUAGCUUCAUCCUUGAUCAGUUGGUGGCUUACCUUCUCAUUUCGAGUUCUUCAGUGGGGAUACAAGCAAUUCAACAGCCAAAAAGGGCGACACCCCUCUGGACGCCAUCUGUAAUAUCCAUUAGCAUGUCUUUUGCAGUCUUCCUGGUCUGUGCUCUAUUGUCAGGUUACAAGCUUUGUAAGAGAAUUAUUUGGUGAUGCUUUUUGGUAUGUGCAUGCGUGUUGCGUUUGAUGGAACAGAAUAGUAUGCUCGUGGAUGAAUUGAGGUCUGACCUCUUGAAGCAACUCUUUUUUUGGUAGACAAUUCAUUAUAAAGGCAUCUACAACGCUCUAAGCAA